CGGCCGCGGUCCCGGGGGGCGGCUGAGGGGGCCGGGCCGGGCUGCGGGGCGAGCGACGCGGCGGGGCCCGGGACGGCGGCGCGGCCCGGGACGGCGAGGCUCGGCAUGGCUAUGGCAGCGCGCUCUUCGCAGACAGAGCUGUGACCUGGCCCUGCUCGCAGCUGAGGAGCCUGCCCACCAUGGCGAGCCCCACUCUGAGCCCCGACUCCUCGUCCCAGGAGGCCCUGUCGGCCCCCACCUGCUCCCCCACCUCUGACUCCGAGAACCUCAGCCCCGAUGAGCUAGAGCUACUGGCCAAACUCGAAGAGCAGAACAGGCUCCUGGAAGCCGACUCCAAGUCCAUGCGCUCCAUGAAUGGCUCCCGGCGGAACAGCGGCUCCUCGCUGGUGUCCAGCUCCUCAGCCUCCUCCAACCUGAGCCACCUGGAGGAGGACACAUGGAUCCUGUGGGGCCGGAUCGCCAACGAGUGGGAGGAGUGGCGGCGCAGGAAGGAGAAGCUGCUCAAGGAGCUGAUCCGCAAGGGCAUCCCACACCAUUUCCGGGCCAUCGUGUGGCAGCUCCUGUGCAGCGCCACGGACAUGCCAGUCAAGAACCAGUACUCGGAGCUGCUCAAGAUGUCCUCACCUUGCGAGAAGCUGAUCCGCAGGGACAUUGCCCGCACCUAUCCAGAGCACGAGUUCUUCAAAGGCCAGGACAGCCUGGGCCAGGAAGUGCUCUUCAACGUCAUGAAGGCCUACUCCCUGGUGGACCGGGAGGUGGGCUACUGCCAGGGCAGCGCCUUCAUCGUGGGCCUGCUCCUCAUGCAGAUGCCCGAGGAGGAGGCCUUCUGUGUGUUCGUGCGGCUGAUGCAGGAGUACCGCCUGCGGGAGCUCUUCAAGCCCAGCAUGGCAGAGCUGGGGCUCUGCAUCUACCAGUUCGAGUACAUGCUACAGGAGCAGCUCCCGGACCUGAACACCCACUUCCGCUCCCAGAGCUUCCACACGUCCAUGUAUGCCUCCUCCUGGUUCCUCACGCUCUUCCUGACCACCUUCCCACUGCCCGUCGCCACGCGUGUCUUUGACAUCUUCAUGUACGAGGGCCUGGAGAUCGUGUUCCGGGUGGGCCUUGCCCUGCUGCAGGUGAACCAGAUGGAGCUGAUGCAGCUGGACAUGGAGGGGAUGUCCCAGUACUUCCAGAGGGUAAUCCCCCAUCAGUUCGACAGCUGCCCGGACAAGCUGAUCCUCAAGGCUUACCAGGUCAAGUACAACCCCAAGAAGAUGAAGAGGCUGGAGAAGGAGUACGCAGCCAUGAAGAGCAAGGAGAUGGAGGAGCAGAUCGAGAUCAAAAGGCUUCGGACAGAGAACCGGCUCCUCAAGCAGCGGAUUGAGACCCUGGAGAAGGAGAGCGCUGCUCUGGCUGAUAGGCUAAUCCAGGGGCAGGUGACACGAGCGCAGGAGGCUGAGGAGAAUUACGUCAUCAAGCGGGAGCUGGCAGUGGUGCGGCAGCAGUGCAGCUCAGCGGCCCAGGACCUGCAGAAGGCACAGAGCACCAUCAGGCAAUUGCAGGAGCAGCAGCCCGGCCCUGGAGGUGGACGGGGUGGGGCCAGGCCUGGGCCCACAGCUGGCUGGCAGGAAGGCUGCCCCCCUCUGGCCACAGCCUGGGGCCCAACGCAGCCCUCUGCCCACCCCCAGGAUAACCCGCGCCUCACCGAGGACUUUGUGGCCCACCUGGAGACAGAGCUGGAGCAGUCACGGCUGCGGGAGACCGAGACCCUGGGGGCCCUGCGGGAGAUGCAGGACAAGGUUCUAGACAUGGAGAAGAGGAACAGCUCGCUGCCCGACGAGAACAACGUGGCGCAGCUGCAGGAGGAGCUGAAGGCGCUCAAGGUGCGGGAGGGUGAGGCCGUGGCCUCGGCGCGGGAACUGAAACUGCAGCUGCAGGAGCUCUCGGACACCUGGCAGGUGAGGGAGGGCCUCGCCCAACGCGCACGAAGCGGCUUCGGGGUUCCCAGGCGGAGGACGACCGCCGACCUCUCCCCGCAGGCCCAUCUGUCCCGCGGCGGCCGCUGGAAGGAGUCCCCGCGGAAGGUGGUCCUGGGCGAGCUGCAGGACGAGCUGAUGAGCGUGCGGCUGCGCGAGGCCCAGGCUGUGGCCGAGGGCCGCGAGCUGCGGCAGCGCGUGGUGGAGCUCGAGACGCAGGACCACAUCCAUCGCAACCUGCUGAACCGCGUGGAGGCGGAGCGAGCGGCGCUGCAGGAGAAGCUGCAGUACCUGGCGGCGCAGAACAAGGGGCUGCAGACGCAGCUCAGCGAGAGCCGCCGCAAGCAGGCCGAGGCCGAGUGCAAGAGCAAGGAGGAGGUGAUGGCCGUGCGCCUGAGGGAGGCGGACAGCAUGGCGGCGGUGGCCGAGAUGCGGCAGCGCAUCGCCGAGCUGGAAAUCCAGAGGGAGGAGGGCCGCAUCCAGGGCCAGCUGAACCACUCGGACUCGUCGCAGUACAUCCGCGAGCUCAAGGACCAGAUCGAGGAGCUGAAAGCCGAGGUGCGGCUUCUGAAGGGCCCGCCGCCCUUCGAGGACCCACUGGCCUUCGACGGGCUCGGCCUGGCACGGCACCUGGAUGAAGACUCGCUGCCGUCGUCGGACGAGGAGCUGCUCAGCGUGGGCGUGGGCGCGGCGCUGCAGGACGCGCUCUACCCGCUGUCCCCGCGCGACGCGCGCUUCUUCCGCCGUCUGGAGCGGCCGGCCAAGGACAGUGAAGGCAGCUCAGACAGCGAUGCCGACGAGCUGGCCGCGCCCUACAGCCAGGGCCUGGACAACUAAGGCAGUGCCCCGCGUGCUCGGAGCCCGGGGCCGCCGCCUGCCCGCUCCUUGGCCGCCGCCCGCACUUAACAAACUCCAGGCCCUCGGUGGUCCCGCCCACCCCGAGGGCCAGGACCAGCGCGGCAGGGCGCGGAGGGUAGGACCGAAGUCUGGGGAUCCUGAGUCCCCUGGCAGGCCCACUCUCCCCAGCAGUGUUUACCGAUCUUGGUCCGUAGCCCUCUGGGCCCAGUUACCUGGAGGGUCUGCCCCUCUUAACAGCCAGGGCAGGGGCGGACCCAGGGGUCCCAGGACGGGAGGAGCAGGAACCUCCCCCCUCCUAGCUGGCCUCCUUCUGGGACAAGGGUGGCCCGGCUGGGAAGGACCCAGGAGCUAGAGGAGGCCUGAGGAAGAAGAGGCCGCUCUAGGCCUGUCGUUACAACCCCGUGCCACCCUCGGGACCCUUGGCCUCUGGGGACAGAUGGCCAGGCUGGGUUUUCCUGCCUGGGGCAGGCACUGUGGCCCCUGCGACAGAAACCAAAGCCCCCCCUACUGUGUGCAGGGCCGCGCAGGGUGUGGUGGCCAGCCGGAACCAGCCAGGGCCUGGGUAGUGUCUGUCCCUGCUUCUUGGGGGCCAGAGCAGCUGUAAGGAAGUGAAGAGACCCCCCUCUCCCCAGCACACCACGUCUCCCUCUGUGACAGUCCCAUCACCCCAGCCUGGCCAGUGAUGAAGGGGCUCCCCGACCCAGGCUAGCCUCCUCUCCAGGGGGUCCCCAGCCUCCACUUCCGUUCCUUCUCAGUAUCCCCGGCCCCACUCUCUGGCCAGAGCCAGGCCCCAGGGGAGGAGGCCUCCCAGUUGAGUUGCCUCCCAGCGCCUGCUCAUGGUGGUCCCGUGGUCUCUGCUGAGUCAGAACCAAGAACGGUGCCAAAAUCCAACGAUGCCCCCAGACCCCUGCCCCCUGGGGCCUCACGACCCUCAGGCUGACCCUCUCGGUGCUCCUGGAGCCUAGAGCAGCAUCACAAGCAGUCUCCCCGGCACUUCCUGGGGUGGGGAUCCAUGCUCAGUACCCCCUUCCCGGUCGCCCACUCCUCAGUGUUACAAAGCCUGGGGACCAGGGUGGGCAUCCGAGGGGCUCUCCCAUGUGCCCCCCACACUGCCCCCCACCAUUUUGCACACUGCCUGUUCACACUCCACACGUCGCCCAGGCGGGAAAGAUGGAAAAUAAAGUGUAUUUACACAGUAA